AAUGUUCAAUUUAAAUUAUUAUAGUUAGAAACAAAAUAAAACAGCUGUUAUACUAAUUUAUUACAUUUUGAAUAUGGCUGCCAUGAAUGGAUUGAUAGAUGGAAAAGAUUAUGACUUGACUAUUGGUUCGACUUUUUUGCCAAAUAAACAAACCGAAGCAUAUUACACUAUGAGAUAUGAUUUUAAGCCAGCUUCUGUAGACACAAGUCGACCUGGUGAAGUUGUGAUUGGAGCAAAAAAUGAAUGUACAGUCACAAUACCUAAUCAUGAUUCCGGUUUCACUACUUAUAAAGGUGGAAAGAAACCAUGUUUUAAAGAAUGCAUUCUUAUCAUUGAUCAACAAACAGGUGAAAUCAUUCUUGAGCGCAUUUCUUCAAACAUUCCAUUAAAAAAACAUCGAAUAGAUAGAACCGGAGAAAGUGCUAAAAUUUCACAGGUAAAACCCAGCCCAGCACCAAAUCUGAAACAAAAUAAAAAUUCCUCAUUACCUCUACCUAAACAAUCAGGCAUUUCUUCAAUCUCAAAGUCACAAAUAAAUCAACCACAAAUCAGCCAAGUGCAAUCCAUCCAGUCACAAAGUGUUCAACCAAUUUCUACACCAAAGUCAACACCACAGCAUAUUGGAAAACUUGCAAACCAAACUCCAUUGUCUAAACAAAUUGGAAACACUCCUAAAAGUUUGCCGUCUCAGAUACCACCUUCUACAGUUAAUCGCAGUGUUAGUAUGUCAUCUGAUUCAUCUUCAAGCUCCGAAUCAUCUGAUUCAGAAAGUGAUGACGACAGCAAACCAAAUGCACUUGAUGAACUCAUAACAAAGCCAUACCAACCUCCUCCAGCUAAUAGAAUGAGCACUCUACAGGACGACUUACAACUAAGUGAUUCGAAUAGCGAUAGCGAUUGAUAAUUGGUGUUCAAACAUUGGUAGCUCUUGGUUUUUAGUCAACUAAUGAGAUUAUAGGUAAUUGGUCAAACAGUGUUAGUGAUUAAUGAGAGGCUGAUCAGCGGUAGCAAUUGGUGAUUGAUCUUCAAUAUUAUACGUAUGAACGCAAAAUUUAAUUGUGCGUAUGAACCUAGAACUCAAUUAAGCAUUUUGAUUGA